AUGGAUCCACCAGUGAGCCGAAUUGGCUGGAAUGACCAGAAAAUUAUGCAAACGAGACAUGAGCUUAAUCAGGCGAAAAAUAUCAUGAAGGCGAAUGUGCAAAAGAUCAUGGAGAGGCAGAGCAAACUCGACGAUCUUGUCGAACGCGCGCAGAAGCUCGAGAUCGCCGCGAACGAGUACGAGAAGUGCGCGGUGCAGGUGCACCGACAGAUGCAGUGGAAGAUUGUCGCGAUUCGAUAUGGCGUCGUGGCCGCUUCGAUGGUGUUCGCGAUCACCGGAUUAUUGUACUCGCUGGGCUAA